AUGGCGCUCAACUCGAGUGUAGAGGCCGUGAAAGGCCUUCUUGUAUUUCUAUUUUGCAUGCUAACUACCUUUACAGUUGGUGUGCAAAGUCAGGAAUGGUCAAAGGUUUCUGAGGAGUGUCAAAGGGCGAUGUACAAUGGACAAAAGGAAUGUUACGUACUGGGACAACAAGAUGCUAAAUUCAAAGUUGAGAAGAGUAAGAAUGUUUUGGAAGAUCGCCUGUUUGUCUUUUGUCAUCAAGGAUAUGAGAAGGAGUGGUACAGAUUAUGGCUGAAUCCUAAGAUCCGGGUAUUGGAAUCUGAGCUGCACCAGGACUUUAACUAUGUGUAUGGUGAAAACCUGACUGACGUGAAGGAGCACUAUAAGUCCAGCUACAUCAGCUUGUGGAACUGGUGGAGAAUGAAAGAAGAGUUUUCUUUCUUACCUUUCAAUACCAGCUGUCUUGGUAUUGCCUCAAGCAAGAAUUACACGGUUGAGUUCAAAAUAAAGAAUCCUGAAUUAUGGUAUGUCUUCUUUGUUGUCCUGGGCAUUGUCAUCUUCUUCUAUGCUAAAUCUUGGAGCAGAAAUGUUGCCCUUCACUAUGGUACAGGUAUAUCGGUGGGAGUGUUUGCUUCUCUUCUCAUAGUUGUCUUCAUCCUGAACAAGCUUAUGCCACAGAGACUGAAGACCAUUGGGUAUGCAUUUAUGCUAGUGAGUGGAUCAGCAUCCAUGUUCAUCCUUCAAACAGUGUCCCACAAGUUCAAUGACAUUCUUCAGAAUCACUGGCAUCUUGCGCUGGGUUACAUCUUAGUCACAGGGCUUGUAAGCUUUGCAGUUGUGUACAGAUAUGGCCCUGUCAAAGAUCAACGAACUCUUAACUUAGUGAGAUGGACACUGCAACUUGUUGGACUGUUGUUUAUUUACAUUGGGACACAGAUUCCAGAAGCUUCUAUUGCAAUCAUCAUUAUUGUGCUCUCGGUGUAUAAUUUCCCAAGGAAAGUUGUCACAAAAUUCACAUCCUUCAGCCUUGGAUUUACAAUUUCUGAGAUUAUUAAGACCAACUCCAUACCACUAGACUGUCAAUUCCAUAUGGGUUUUCUAGUUUGGCAGGCUGGUACAGGAUUUUCCGGGCCAAAGAUUCGCCUGCUUACAGAGGAAGAGUUUAUUAUGCAGGGACAUGUAGAAACAGAGAAGGCCAUGGAGGAACUGCGGUCCUUCUGUCAGAGCCCUGAGUGUGAUUCCUGGAGAGUCAUCAGUCGCUUGAAACACCCAUCCAGAUUUGCCAAGUUUGUGGAAGGGGAUUCUCACAUAUCCGACUCGGAACUGUUGGACCAUGAUUCAGUGGAUUACUUCUCACCUCCCUCAGAUGAUAUCUCUGACAAUGAAUCAGAGACAGACUUCCGUCUCAGCACUCCUUAACAACUGCCAUCGUUAGGAGUGUGGAAUAUUUUCUGUAUCAAACAACGUGAUCUAUCAUUUUGAGUGUCAGCACAUUUAGUCAGGCUGAGGUCAUACUACUAUGUUACAUAUGAUUUCUGUUCUUUGAAAUAUCAUGACAAGUGCACCUUAUGUAGUCAUGCUUGCCAAGGAAUGGGAUUAAUCUGGUUGUUCUCAGAGGCUGAUGCUUGACCCAAGGUCUUCUGUGAACAUCAAGAUACAUUUCCCAAUGAGUACCAAAUCUGAUCACUAACUAAUGUUUUAGUUUUUUAAAUAUGACUUUUUUUAUUUUAACACAAAAGAGAUAAAAAUAAGUCACUUCAUUUUACAUUUAACUUGAUGCAAUGAGAAUGAAAGAAAUAGUGGCCUAUGAAUUCCCACUGACUCUGCUACAGCUUCUCUUCACAGAUCUUAAAUGAUUCCUUGGCUGCUUACUUUCUUCUGAAUGUUUCUGACGGAUUGAUUAUUUUUGCUUUAAAAAACAAAUGCGAAUGUUUUGAUAGAUUAAUUUGUUUUCUUUUACUUCCACGAGCAAAAUCAUCAUCAUCACCACAUUUUCAUCUCAGCUGUAUGUGAGAGACACGCUACCUUGAGGACAUAUGUAUGGUGCUUAUGAUCCAC